GGGCAAGUCUUUGGGGGAUAUCCUCAGCGUAGGCAUCAUCGGUUAAAACACGGAAGGGCGGGAGAGAGCUUGUCUCACCAUUAAUGGCGUCGUCGGCGUCGCCGAUGGUGAUGGCUUAUGCAUGGUCAUUUCAGCUUCCAUCGUUCGUUUCCCGCAAAUAUUACACACAUUCGUCGGUUUCAACUAACAAUUCGAAAUUUAAACAGAAACUGUCUAUGUUUACUUUGAGAUAUCCCAUUGUUGAAACAUCUCGCUUCUCAUCAUCACAAAACACACCUACUUUCAGUUUCAAUUUCAAUCGGCGCGUGGUAGUGGCUAGGUCUAAUUUGAAGUUCCCUCUUGUAUCGCCGGAUGACCAAUGGGGCAUAUGGACUGCUCUCUUUGCCACCGGUUCUUUCGGUCUCUGGAAAGGAGCAAGUAAAAGAAAUACAUGGCAUGCUUAUGUGUGAAUGUCCAAUUAAAGGUCAGAAAGAACCAAGAUCGGGAGGAUGAUUAGUGCGGCACUAGUGAGCAUCUUGUUGGGCCUUGCAGCCAGUAACCUGGGCAUUAUUCCUCACGAAGCACGUGCUUACUCUGUUGUUAUGGAGUUCCUUCUACCUUUGACUAUCCCAUUAAUGUUGUUCAGAGCUGAUAUGCGAAAUGUAAUAAAAUCGACCGGGAAGCUCCUCUUGGCCUUUUUGGUCGGAUCAGUUGCAACCACAGUUGGAACACUAGUGGCAUUCUUGAUUGUUCCUAUGCGAUCACUUGGUGAAGACAGUUGGAAGAUUGCUUCUGCUCUCAUGGCUAGUUACAUAGGAGGAGCUAUAAACUACGUUGCAGUAUCAGAUGCACUUGGGGUUUCUCCGUCUGUUGUUGCAGCAGGUGUAGCUGCAGAUAACGUUAUCUGUGCGUUAUAUUUUAUGGUGUUGUUUGCAUUAGGCUCUAAACUUCCAACAGAGGCUUUGGUAUCAACCAAGGAUCCAGCAAAUAGUUCAGAUUCUGGUUCUGGAGACAUUGUAUCCGUGCUACAGACGGCUACUGCACUUGCAGUUUCUUUUGCAAUCUGCAAGGGUGGCACACAUUUCGUUCAAUUGUUAAGAUUUCAGGGUGGCACUCUACCAACAGUUACUGCAAUCGUCGUGGUUUUGGCAACUUUACUACCCCGACAGAUUGGUUACCUUGCACCGGCUGGUGAUGCCAUUGCUGCAAUAACGAUUCAGGUAUUUUUUGCUGUAUUGGGUGCGAGUGGGAGCAUAUGGAACGUUAUCAACGUGGCGCCUUGCAUCUUCGGGUUUGCUUUUAUUCAAGUAACAGUGCAUCUUAUUGUGAUACUUGGACUAGGAAAGAUACUAAAUUUGGAUCUAAAGCAACUGCUUUUAGCAUCAAAUGCUAACAUUGGAGGUCCUACAACAGCAUCUGGGAUGGCAGUAGCCAAAGGCUGGGGCUCUUUGAUAGUUCCUGGAAUUCUUGUGGGUAUUUUUGGAAUUUCAAUAGCAACAUACCUUGCAUAUUUCUUUGGAAUUUUUGUUCUAAAAAGCAUGUAACUUUAUGGGGCUCUUUUAUGUUGUUGAAUAUUCAAUCAAGUUAAAAGCAU